UUGUGUUAUACGCUAGCAUUUGUUGUAGGUGGUGUAUUAAAUUAAUUAAUUAACUAGCAAUUUGGUUUAAAAAGUGUAUUGAGUGUUGAAAAGAUAUAGUUUAGUACAAAUAUAAAAAGAAACGCAAUAAAGUUGCAGCACAAAGCAAAAAAAGUAGAAUUGUAAGCUCAGUGAAUCGUAGACUUUCGUGCGCGGUCAGGUGGAACGCUAGCAACAACAAUACGCUUGAAGUCGGAAAAUACUUAUUCGAAAAGUGCAUUUAUGUACCUAAAGAAUUACAAAAGCUGCAAUUAACUGCGUUGUUAAUAAAAAAAUAUACAUAUAUCAGUGCUAGCCUCCCAUUACUAGUAGUGCAACAUAAUUGUGAGAACAAUAAAUACUUGUCAAAAUGACGAAUAUGCGGCCACAAAAAACCAUCCUCUUGAAAGUGGUUAUUCUCGGGGAUGGCGGCGUAGGAAAAUCCUGUCUGAUGAAUCGCUUUGUUUCAAAUCGCUAUGACGAAAACAACUUUCAUACAAUUGGCGUUGAAUUUAUGAAUAAAAACAUUGAUGUGGAUGGCGAGAAAUACACAUUGCAAAUUUGGGAUACAGCUGGUCAGGAGCGUUUUCGCGCGCUACGCACACCUUUCUAUCGAGGCUCUGACGUCUGCAUGCUGUGCUAUGCCAUCGAUGAUCGGGAUAGUUUUCGCGGGCUGAAGCAAUGGCGUAGUGAGUUUCUCAACUAUGCCGAUGUUAAAGCGGACAAGUUUCCCUUCAUUGUCGUGGGUAAUAAGCUGGACAUGGCACCCAAAUAUCGUCAAGUUAACUACGAAGAGGUGGAACAAUGGUGCAACGACAAUGGCAUUACUAGCCUCAUCGAAACAUCAUCGAAGGCUGCCAGCAAUGUAACCGAUGCAUUUGUUUUGGCCGUGCGUCAGUGGAAACAUAUGGAGCGUGUAGCUGAAACUGAACUACGUCAACAUAGCGAUACUAUCGAUCUAACACGUAGCAUACGUUUGGCGCAAAAUCGUUUUUGUUGCACUGGCGGUGGCAAUGGUGGUAGCUCAACAUCAGUUGAAGCCGAAUUAGAAGAUGAGUCUAUGCGUGGUGACAAUAGUGGCAGCCGUCCAUCGCCGCUACGUUUCGUGAAACGGUCCAUGGGCGCAAAUAGGCAGCCGCAGGCAACGAAUUUUCAGCUUUAAAUCGCUUUUAUUUGGGAUGCAUUGCG